AUGAUUGAUGAUAAAGAUGAAAUACCUACCAACGACAUAGAGAAGACCGCCCCAGUCAGAAUUAUUGACAGCAUACCUGUGCUGGGCCUGAGCGAAGAUGAUGCAGCCUUCUAUAAUAGCAUAACACGAGAUCAGAGGAAGAGAAUUAUCAGAAAGAUUGAUCUACGACUUGUACCAAUGCUGGCGAUUCUCUAUCUCGUCUCACAGCUCGACCGUGCAAAUAUCGGAAAUGCAAAAAUUGAAGGACUUUCCGAAGAUCUCCAUCUAGUCGGCAACCAGUAUAACAUUGUGUUAGCCCUCUUCUUCAUACCAUACAUCUUGCUCGAAGUCCCCAGCAACGUCUUAUUGAAGAAGUUCAAACGCCCCUCCUACUAUCUCGGCUCGCUUGUCACGAUUUGGGGAAUUGUUAUGACCAUGCAUGGAGUUGUUCGCAACUUUGGCGGACUGCUAGCUGUGCGACUGCUGCUUGGUGUGUUUGAAGCAGGAUUUUACCCUGGUGCAAUUUAUCUGUGUACAUUUUGGUACAUGCCAAAAGAGCUUGCCACGAGAAUUGCCUACUUUUACUGCACCAGCGCUUUAUCUGGAGCAUUCUCAGGUCUCUUGGCUGCUGCAAUUGCCCAAAUGGACGGCAUUGGUGGCUAUGAGGGCUGGCGGUGGAUCUUCCUCCUAGAAGGUAUUGCUACUACUCUACUUGGAGUGCUUUGCUUCUUUUUCCUCGUCGAUUCUCCGUCGCUCUCUGGAAGCUGGUUGUCGCAAGACGAAAUCAGAUUUCUUGAGCUCCAAACAUUUGUGAAGCAAGGUGGGCGUUUCUCGGAACAAUCAGCCGAGAAUCGUUUCGACUGGUAUGAGUUCAAAAUGGUUCUCACCAACUGGAGGCUAUAUCUUCAAGCAUACAUCCUCCUUUGUAUCUCGGCAUGCUCAUACGGCACCAAGUUCACUCUCCCCUCCAUCAUCAAGGCAAUGGGCUUUUCCAACAACACAAUCGCUCAACUCAUGACAGUGCCUGCUUAUGUGGCUGGGGGCAUUUCUUCAAUAUUCUUCGCUUUCCUAUCUGAUCGUUUUCUCUGGCGGAUGCCCUUCGUCGUCAUCCCCUUAUUGCUCAUCGCCAUAGGCUACUCUGUUGUGAUGGGCUUCAACGGCGACCUAGGAGGCAGCCAUACCGGCCCUGGCUAUUUUGCUCUUGUGCUUACUUGCAUGGGUAUCUAUCCCGUCCAGCCUUCCGGAACCAGUUGGGCCGCCAACAACCUGGCUCCAACCAACCGCCGCGCGAUCGGAGUUGCCUUUUGCAUCUGUAUGGGCAACAUUGGUGGCAUUAUCGGUAGCUUCAUGUAUCUUGACAAAGAAGCGCCUUUCUACCACACAGGCUUUGGUCUUUCUUUGGCCUUUGGUGGCUCUGGCGUUCUUGCUGCCCUAUUUCUAGAAUUGAGUUAUAUAUGGGCUAACAAGCAAAGGUCCAAGAUUCCUGAAGAGCAUAUUAAAGCGCAGUUCUCGGAAGAUGAGCUUCUUAGGUUGGGGGACAAGAGUUUGCUUUUUAGGUACACGCUUUGA